AUGAGGCCCCGGUCUGUGAUCAGACCGACGGAGAAGUCAACGGACCUCCAGUUAAAAGAAGAAGAGACAACAGAAUCUACUACACUCACAGAAACGGAAAAAACGGAAGAUGGAAGUCGGGGAUCGGUAGCUGCGGAGAGCGAGACCGGUCUCGCCGACUCGAAGACAGAGAAUCAGAAGAUCUACAAUGACUGGGACUGCAAUUCUGACCAGCUUCCAAAGAAGUCUCACGAAUUCGUGUCUGCAUCUACCAUCUAUAUGCCAUACCUAUCCUAUUUUACUUAUUGUAGACAUUGGGAUUCGAGACUACUCUCACACGACUGGGAUCUAAAACAAGGACAUGAUCAUUACGAAGAGCUGUUGGAUACGUACAAGGGGAAGGAUGAACAACAACACGGUUCGCCAACUCUUGAUGAACGGUACUACCAAUUCGCUGGAGAAGACAACGAAGCCAUAAACGACCAGAGCUGUAGGAAUGAGAGCCAGAUUGUGAGCAAGUAUCUCAGAGAGAAUGAGAGAGCAGGGGAUAUGGGCAUUGAGAGAGAGCCUAAUCAGCGGACAGUUGUACGUGUUAACCAAGUCUGGAUCUGGGCUUUUUCAACAAACUGUGUCAUUACAGCUACCUCAUCACCAUUAGGUGGCAGCCCUGAUUUACUUGUCGAAGAGAUCCUGAAUUCUCUAAGCAAACAGGGAGAAUACGGCGGUAGUGGAGCACAGCCUGCGACCGCGUCUGAACUAGUACCAGCGAUAAUCGAUCAUUGCAUCGGCUCGUACGAGAGAAGAUCCAACGAUGGCGAGCGUAUCUCCGUUGGACAAACCUUGUCUCACUAUAUCAACAGAAUUGGCAGGAAGGAAACCACUCCAUUCGAUGACUUCCGUACAUGGUCGCCAAACGAACAUCAACAGAAGAAAACCCCAAACGACAAAGGGAAACAAUCUUUUCAGGUUGAAAGCUUGAUUGGAGGGCCGAGCCUAUCAACUACCAUAGAAACCAAAACAACGCAGACGGCCAGGCAGACUCACAACCACGGCCAUGAUUCAGUGCCGCGAUCGUCGAUUACGUCAAACUCUCCAACGCUGUUAGAUGCUGAGUAG